CCGAAAGAUCCAGUUAAAAGUUUUUUCAUAUAUGAUGAAUAUUCCGACGAAGAAAAUCAGACAUUUCGCUUAUUAUCAACAAAAAUGGAAGAAGAUGCAGCCUAUGGUUCUGAAUCAUUUUCAGGCUCUUUUCUAGGUCCAUUAAGAAAAAAUGUAAUACUACAGCAAGAAAUCCAACAGUUAUUAGCUGAUUUUUAUUAUAACACAUACAAUAAAGACUUUGUUACAUUAUUACGUAUCCAUGAUGCUUCAGAUUCCUCUAUUCCUGUUGAACCAAAUAUCAAUCAAUUUAGUUGA